UCUUGCACUUAAAUAUUUGUGUAAGGUAUACAAAAAUUGCCUAAAAGUCAUCGAGUCAAUACCCUUCUAACUCUUCUCUCAUCCUUUUCCGUCUUUCCUUCCGCAACCUAAGUAACCACCAUCCCAGAAAGAGAAGAAUGGAGCAAAAGUGUUAAUUCCUUUGUCUUUUUUUAAGCUUCUAAUACUUGCUUCCCCUCUCCUCGGUUCUAUCUUCUGGUAAGAAUCCUCCCUUUCAUAAUAUUCUCCUUUUUCUUUUUUAAUAGUUAAUAAUUUCCUUACAGUCAAUCUUAAACCUUAGUCUUACAAAUCAAAAUGAUUGAGCUGCGUGAUUCGUAAAUACUUUUUCCUGUGCUUCCUAGGGUUUCGGUUUCUCCGGCCUAGAGGUUUUGUCUUUAGGUCUGGAGUGGGAUUUCUUUUUGGUUGUAUAGAACUGUUAAAUUGUAAAAAGGAUGGGAUAUUGUUGUGAAUUUGUACAGGUUAGCUUGAAUUUUUAGAAUUCUUGUUUUAGAGGGUUGAAAACACUUUGUUCUUCAAAGUCCCACUGUCAAAAAUGUCGUCUGCUGGUCUUGCCGUUGUUAGUAUUCGAAAUGAACCUUUGGUUUCUCCUGAUCACAUGAAUCCUGAAUUGGGUUUUUGUGAAAACGAAUCAAUUUGGAUAUAUUUGGCCCUUUGUGGAUCGAUGAUUCCAAUGCGGGUUUUGGAAUCAGAUUCUAUUGAGUCCUUGAAGCUACGAAUUCAAACCUGUAAAGGGUUUGUUGUAAAGAAUCAGAAGUUGGUUUGUAGUGGCCGGGAGCUGGCUCGGAGUAAUUCCCUUAUUCGUGACUAUGGAGUCAAUGAUGGGAAUGUUCUGCAUUUGGUUCUUAGGCUUUCUGAUCUUCAGGUCAUUACUGUUAAGACUACUUCUGGCAAAGAAUUUACAUUUCAUGUGGAACGAGGACGAGAUGUUAGUUACGUGAAACAGCAGAUUGCUAGGAGAGAGAAAGGGUUUACUGAUCUUGAUGAGCAAGAAGUUGUUUGUGAUGGGGAGUGUUUGGAGGAUCAGAGGCGUAUUGAUGAUAUAUGUAAGCACAAUGAUGCAGUAUUGCAUUUAUUAGUUCGAAAGUCUGCCAAAGUUAGGGCUAAGCCCAUUGCUAAGAAUUUUGAGUUGUCUGUUGUGGCACCAGAAUUGAAAGACAAGCAAGAUUUUGAUGGAGGUAAGAAGGAAAACAGUAAACAAUAUGAUCUUGGUGGCGAAGAGAGUUGGAGUGGCUAUGAUGUUGGUAGAGAGGAGGUACCAAAAAAGCCUCUUGAUAGGGAUUUUUUACUCGAACCAGUUAUUGUUAAUCCCAGGGUUGAAUUAUCUUCAGUCAUAGUGGAUAUGAUUGAUUUGACCUUUGAUGGAUUGGAUAAUGGUAAAAUUCCAAUUAGAUCGGUGGAGGGUACUGGAGGAGCUUAUUUCAUGCAAGAUUCUUUGGGUCAAAAAUUUGUUUCUGUUUUUAAACCAAUUGAUGAGGAGCCUUUAGCUGUUAACAAUCCUCGAAACUUACCAGUUUCAACCGAUGGUGUAGGGUUGAAGAAAGGUACAAGAGUUGGAGAAGGAGCAUUCAGGGAAGUUGCAGCUUAUAUUUUGGAUCUUUAUAAGAAUGAACAGGGCAAGAUAUAUGGUGAUGAGAAGGGUUUUGCUGGAGUUCCUCCUACUGCUAUGAUCAAGUGUUUGCAUAGCUGCUUUAACAAUCCUGAUGAUUUAACAACAGUUAAGAUUGGUUCAUUGCAGUUGUUUGUGGAGAAUACUGGAAGUUGUGAGGAUAUUGGUCCUGGGUCUUUCCCUGUUGACCAAGUACACAAAAUCUCUGUUUUGGAUAUAAGAUUGGCUAAUGUAGAUCGGCAUGCUGGGAACAUUUUAUUGAACAAGGAUGAAGAUGGGCAGAUAUUAUUGAUUCCGAUUGAUCAUGGCUAUUGUUUGCCUGAAAGUUUUGAAGAUUGCACAUUUGAAUGGCUGUAUUGGCCUCAAUCUCGCCAAUCUUACUCUUCUGAUAUAAUUGAUUAUAUAAAAUCCCUUGACGCUGAAGAAGAUAUUGCUCUUUUGAAAUUUCUUGGAUGGGAUAUGUCGCCUAAAUGUGCACGUACUUUCCGCGUCUCCACCAUGCUCCUCAAAAAAGGUGCAGAGAGAGGGCUCACUCCCUUUGCUAUUGGAAGUAUAUUGUGCAGAGAGAACAUUAAGGUGAAAUCUGUGAUUGAGGAAAUUGUCCAAGAGGCAGAGGAUUCUGUGCUUCCAGGCACAAGCGAAGCUGCAUUUCUUGAAACACUAUCUGAUAUCAUGGAUCGCCGUCUUGACGAGAUUGAGUGCUGAACAUCUGUAAAGGAUGCUGGUUCAUAGUCUAUAGUUAUGCAGUCAUACAUACAUUUUCAUACUGUACAGGCAUUGCCAGAUGGUAGGACCUUAAAUUGCUAGGCAGAUUGGUUGUAUGGUUUAUUCUUCUCUAUUUCAUGUGGUACUUAACUCAAUUAAUUGAAGACAACGGAUUAUUUUUUCUUUUACUGUUA